UUUUAUUUGAAAUUAGUUUUUAAAUUCUAUGAAUAAACAAUUAUUAAUUGACGAAAUAAAUAAUUUAUUACCAGUCGAUAAUUAUGAUUUAAGAAAAAGUUUCAAUUUUGAGCAACCUAUUUUAGAUUUGGAAAAAAAUAUAAAACGAGCUUAUUAUGUCAUUAUAAAAUACUUAGCUGAAAAUAACUCUUCAAAUUUUAAAAAUCAAUCUCUUAGUUUGAUUAAGAAAUUACAAGAAAUCAGAAAAACAAAAUACAAAAACUUGAAGCCUAUUAAUAAAUUAAAUAUAAUUAGACAACAAGGCAGGCCUAGCGGCCUUGAUAUAAUUAAACUUAUUACAGAAGAAUGGAUAGAACUAUUUGGGGAUAGAAAAGGUUUUAAUGAUAGAGGAUUAGUUGCGGGAAUAGGUAGAAUAGGUGGCAGAUCUGUAGUAUUAAUUGCUCAUGAACGCGGCAAAACUCCAAUUAGCAAAAUGAAAAGGCAUUUUGGAAUGGCGUAUCCGGGUGGCUAUCGCAAGGCUUUACGUUUAAUGCAACAUGCUAAUCAAUUUAAUUUGCCGAUAUUAACUUUUAUUGAUACUGCAGGUGCAUGGGCUGGAUUAGAUGCUGAACAUUUUGGCCAAAGUGAAGCUAUUGCUGUUAACUUAAGAGAAAUGUUUAAUUUAAAUGUACCUAUUAUUAGUACGAUUAUAGGAGAAGGUGGUUCUGGUGGAGCUUUAGCAAUUAGUAUUGCAGAUUAUUUAAUUAUGUUUGAGUAUAGUAUAUAUUCCGUAGCUUCUCCAGAAGCUUGUUCAGCUAUAUUGUGGAAAGAUCGUUCUAGAUAUGUAGAGGCUUCAGAAUGUUUGAAAAUAACUGCAGAAGACUUAAAAAUUCUUGGUAUUAUUGAUGAAAUAAUAGAAGAACCUAUCGGUGGUUCUCAAAUUAAUCCUCUUUUCACUAUAAAAAAGCUUAAAGAAAUUUUAAUAAAUAAAAUUAAAGAAUUAGAAAGUUUCUCUGAUAAUGAAAGAAAAGAUCGGCGUUCUAAUAAAUUUAGAAAAAUUGGUGUUUUCUAUGAAUAACAAAUAAAGAGAUAGAUUGAUAGAUUAAGUUAACAAUCGGUAAGUACCGAUUGUUACUUAAUCUAUCAAUCUAUCUCUUUAUUUGUUAUUCAUACAUUCACAUUUAUAGUAUUUAUUAAAUUAUAUUUAAGGAUU